CUGUAACUUUUGCUGUCUACCAUAUGAGUUACAAAGGGGAUACACAUUAUAUCAGGACGUUUUUUCACCUGAUAUGUGUAUCCCUGUGUAACUUUUGCUAGAAAAAGAGCAGACAUCUCCUUAUUAUAUCAGGUUGAUCAUUGUGACCAAAAGAACACAGUAAAUAACACACAUGAUGGCAGGACAUACCAUAUACAUGUUAGGGGAGGUGAUACACAUUAUAGGCUAUAAGGUGAAAAAAUGACCUGAUAUAAUGUAUAUACCCUCUGUAACUCAUAUGGUAGACAGGUGAACAAAGCGGUUAAUUGAAAAGCCAUAUUAAAUUAUAACAGAAAUCAUGUUAGAGGGCAGGGAGGGACGGGUUAGCAAAUUCGGGGCAUCCUUGUCAGAGAAUGGACAGAUAGCCUAGAUUAAAGGAAAACAUUGUUCAUAAACCUGCAUGUGAUAUCGAGUCACAUAGAUAGGCCUAUCAGUCGGCCUAUGUAGCUAAGGUGCAUGGCAAUAUAGAACUUUGGAAAACACUGUCGAUUAAUCCACAAUACUAAACGACACAUUAGACAAUUCACACGUGGCCUUAAAGUAACAGACAAAUACACGUAUUUAUGUAGAUAAAUGAGUCCCUUGUUACUAUGGAAAACCCUGUCGAGUCUUCCACGUUGCUAUUUGUUCCAUUUAAGAGGUGAAUUCGAAGUGCAGCAGUUAAACUCCAGUUCUCUGAGUGCACGCGCGAUCCCGCGGCCAGGGGAUACAAAUCCUGGCGGGGAUAAGUGCCUUGGCACAACACCGGUCCGCCCAGUUCCCACGCGACAUGCUCUCCUCCGCCCAUUUUGUCCCGCAGCCAAAAUAUGUGAAACGUAAGACAAGACCCUAGUCACCGAUAAGUUAUUUUAAAACUUCAUUCUGAGACACUUUGGUUGGACCAUGGCAGCUGUAGCCGCUAGCUGGUCGAAACCCGCGGAUGGAUUCACGCUUUAGUUUAUAACAUAAAGGAGAAAAUGAGAAGACGCCUUCCCGGUUUUAUUCAGGCUCGUUGGCUAGUUGUUGUUUUACUGGACGUGCUUCCCAAAUGUCUCUCCCAGUAGUUCUCCCCGGCUCCUGUUGCUCCGUUACCGGUGCUUCGGUGGCUUCUCAGUGGGCAGAGCCUUCCUACAGAAGCCGACCCCGAUGUAUAUCCAGCUCUCGCAUGCCGGGGUCUCAGUCGCGGAUCAUCCCCGCACUACUUCCCCGGCGCCCGCUGCUCUCCCUCGGCUUGCUGCAGCUGCUGCUCGGGUGCUCCAUGGUCGCGCUCUCUUUCGGAGCCUUGUCGCUGAGCAGCUCGCCCCCCAUCCGCAGCUCGUGCCCCUUUUGGGCUGGCUCUUCGGUGAUCCUAUCAGGGAUUGUGGGGCUCACAACAUGGAGGCGCCCCAUGCUGCUGUUGGUGAACAUGUUUGUGCUCCUCUCCGUGGUGUGUGUGCUGCUCAACUUGGCCGGCUUCAUCCUGUGCUGCCAGGGAGCCCAGCUGGUCUCCAGCAUGUCCUCCUGCCAGCUGAGCGAGGCGGGGGAUGCGUGUCUCUGCUGCCCCCUCCCCCCCCUCUCGUCCUGCCCUGAAGACAAGCUGCUGCUGCUGCACCCUGGACACUCCUGCAACACCAUGAAGAUCCUGCUCAAGAAGGUUCUGUUUGCGCUGUGUGCCCUGAACGCCCUCACAGCGGCCGUGUGUCUGGUGGCCGCCGCCCUGCGCUACCUCCAGAUCCUCACCACCCCGCCCCCCCUGCCUGGUGAGCCAAUCACAUCUGUCCUCCACGGCAUGGACGAACCUCGUUCAAUAGCAGAAGAGGGGGAGGAGCCAUCACCGGUCCCCGACCCAGAUGAGUUUGUCCCCCCGGCCCCGCCCCCUUCCUACUUCUCCACCUUCUACUCAUACACACCCCGCCUGGCCCGCCGGAUGUUUGGGGACAGCGUGAUGCCUCUCCCUCACAUCUCCAGGAUCAAGGGGGGGGAGGUGUUCUGUCCUCUGGACCCGCCCCCUCCUUACGAGGCUGUUGUUGGCUCCUCCCCCCCUCCUCCCCUACCUGUACAGGAGGCAGAGAUGGAUCUGGAGGAGCAGAGAGAGGGCGCAGGGCCAGGUAGGAGCACCUCUGGAGAACAUGACACAGCCCAGCCCAACUUCCUGCACCACCCUAGACCCCGCCAGUCGGGGCCCCCACCCUCACCCCCCCUGCACCACCCCAGACCCCCCCAGCCGAGGCCCCCACCCUCAUCGCCCCCCCUGGGCCCCCCCCAGCCAGGGCUGGUGCCCCCCACUCAGACCCAGCGUCUCCACAGGUCCAACAGUGACCCGGUUCUAGUGGACCUGGCAGCCAAAGUCUUAAGCUGCGAAGCUGCAAAACGGACCACAGACUCAUCCACCCAGACCUCCCAGUGCGCCCUAGCCUCCCAGCCCCAGACAGUGACCCUCCGCAGGGGCCCCAGGGCACCGCGGCGCCCCCGGCCCUCCUCCAUGGUGGACCACCAGAGCUACCGGCAAACCCAGCAGCUGGUGAGCCGCUUCCUGGAGCAGCCGUCAGCGUGCGGGCUGGCCCCUGAGGUGCAGGAGCUGGUGGACAGCAUCCGCAGCGUGCUACGCUCCGACCAGGAGCACAUGGAGGAAGCUGUGCGCUGUGCUAGCUACAUAGAGCAGGUAUGCUGUGCUAGCUACAUAGAGCAGGUGAUCACGGGAUCAGAGACAGUCUCUCCAGCCAAUCAGCCACCACUCCUCCCAAGACUAGGCCCCACCCCCCCACAGGCAGGCUCCUCCUCCCAGACCCUUCCCCUGAGGAAGAGGCCAGGGUUGCUGCACCUGCACAGCUGCGGAGACCUCAGCACCUUCACCUGGGCCGAGCUACGGCCCCUGGCCCGCCGGGGGGCGGGGUCCAGGGCCGGGGGGGCACGGCUGGACCACGAGCGCCCCCAUAGUCUGAUUGGUGUGUUCAGAGAGACUGUGCUCUGAGGAAUCCUACCAUCCUGAUCACACGAUCUCUGGAAGGGCUGCAGAGCUACUCUUGAGGGGAUAAACUUUCAGCAAAACUCUCAUGGGUCCCACAGUCUGCAAAACAGGCAUUGUGUGUUGUGUGAAUAUGUUUUUAGUGGUUCUGUGCUGAUACUGUUGUAGUUUAAAAGUGGGUUGCUUUGAAAAAGAGAUGAACUUUGGCACCUUAUACCCAGACAGUAUCACACCAAACAGGUCUUCAAUGAUGUUAGACCUGCUAAUUUAACAUGGAUCAACAUCGAUGGUCAUGUUGACAUUCAGAUAUUUCUGAAUAACAGACUAUUACUUUAACCCCCCCCUUUUAAGUAUCUUAUUAACGGUUCUAUAAAGUUGUCUUUAAAGAAGUCUAGCACAUGCUGCUAACACCAGUUGUGUUGCACUGAACACUAAGAUUCUCCAUGCUGAACACGGUCCGGGGUCAAGGUCAGCCAAGUGCCUUUUAUUUUAUUCCCGAUUCCUUUCAAACUUCACCCAUGUGGAGAAACUCUUUCCUGGCUGGUUGUUCAUUUGAGUGUCAAGGAUUGUUUUUAGGGCGUUCUGCAUUGUGCGUAUUUCUGAAUUGGUUGUUUAAAGGAUUUUUCGAUUCUGAACAUGUUGGUUUCAAUUAUCCAAACUCUAGUCCAGCAAGAGUCUGUAAACAGGAAGUGAUCAACCCAAAAAAUAUAUUUUUAACACUCAGGCAGCAACAUCCUUCUGCGAGUAGUUUAUUGUUGUAAAUACUGACACAGCAAUGUAGCUCAAUAGUUGUAACGUCACAGAAAAAAAGUUAGCAAAUAAAUUAACAUUGCCAUUGCUGUACAGAAAGUGUAUUUUUCUUGUUUCAUCAUUAGACACAUCGACAAACAAUUUGUUAAGAUUAAUUACAUUCAAAACAAGUGCAUUUAUAAACGCUACUUAGUCAUCUCCCCAGUCGCAUGUGGUCAGAGUCCUUGAUGAUCCCAACCAGUACUAAGAAGUUAUUCGUCAGACUUCCUGCCAAAGAC